UGAGAUCCGGAUACCCAUCUCUCUCUACUUUCCUUUGUCCCUUAUCGGUUUCGUGCUCUCACUUUCUUUUUUUCUCAAGAAAAUUUUUCCUUCCUUUUCCUGCAAACCAAGCAAGGCCGAGAAAAUUUUGAGCGCAAACUCAACUCAGAAGCCAUAGUAUUUAACUGUAUACAACCAGAUAAUCCUCUCAGGCAUCGAUUUCAUUGUUUGCCGGCGGUUUUUAUUCGCGGAUCUGUUGUUCUACUGACAAUCCAUCAAGUUUCGUUUAAAACGACGUAGUUUUCAGCGUUCUUGAAAUCUCCAUGGUUAUUGAAGGGCAGUGGAUUGAUUAUGAGUGGUUUUGGUGAGCGGCGGGCGGCUUUGGCCGUUAGGAUUCGUGUGACUUACUGAUUAGGUUAGGGUUUUUGGAUUCUUGAGGAAACGAAACAGCGUCGUUUUGUUUUAUUAUUAUUUUGUGAUGCCAGGGAAGCUGUGGUGGUGGUGGAUAAAUAGAUAGAGAGGUAAAAUAUAAGGUAUUAGGGUUAGGGCUUUAAUUCUUUGUUUAUUUUUGAUGCCGUCGGAGAGAUUGUCCUGGGAUCGGAAAGAUUUUUUCAAGCAGCGGAAGUACGAUAGGCCGACUCCUCGAUGGAGGGAUUCUUCGUCUUCUUCGUCGAGUCAUUAUGGGUCGUCCCGCGAUUUUGCCCGUUGGGGAGGUGGAGGUGGAGGAGGAGGAUCCAAUGAGUUUCGCCGGCCUCCUGGUCAUGGUAAGCAGGGUGGUUGGCACCUGUUUCCUGAAGAAUCUGGCCAUUGUGGAUAUGUGCCUUUUCGAUCCAGUGAGAGGAUUUUAGAAGACAAGAACCGUAGGCCCUCAGUUUCGCGGGGAGAUGGUGGCAAAUAUGGCAGGAAUGGUAGGGAUAGUAGGGGAUCUUUUGGCAGUCAGAGGGAUUGGAAACCUCGUUCAUGGGAUUUGAAUAAUGGGUCUCCUAAUUUGCCUGGCAGGUUGCAUGAUGGGAGUAACAAUCAGAGGCCUGUGGAAGAUAUGGUAAAUUACCCCUCUUCACAUCCUCUUCCUGAAUUUUCAAACGCGUGGGGUCAGCUUCCUUCAAAAGACCAGCAUGAUAAUAUUAAUAAUGAUAAUAGUAGUAAUAAUAAGCUGGCUGGUGUGAAUGGGUUGGGAACAGGCCAAAGAGGUGAUAGAGAGAGUUCUCUUGAUUGGAAGUCCUUUAAGUGGACUCGUUCUGGAAGUUUGUCUUCUAGGGGAUCAGGUUUUAGCCAUUCAAGUAGCUCAAAGAGCCUUGGAGGUGCAGAUUUUGGUGAUGGAAAGGCUGAUUUGCAGAUUAAAAAGGCUGCUGUAGUUCAGUCUCCUUCUGGGGAUGCUACUGCAUGUGUCACUUCAGCACAGUCCGAAGAUAUGUCUUCCAGGAAGAAGCCACGCCUUAAUUGGGGUGAGGGAUUGGCGAAGUAUGAGAAGAAGAAGGUUGAUGGCCCUGAUGUGGAUGUAAAUGGAGAUGCUGCUGUUAUUUCUGCACGUAAUACAGAGCCAAUGCAUUCACAUAGUUCGAACUUGGCCGACAAGAGCCCUAGAAUAAUGGGAUUAUCAGAGUGUGCAUCACCUGCUACUCCUUCAUCUGUUGCAUGUUCGUCACCUGGUGUAAUGGAGAAAAUACAUAGCAAGGGAACAAAUGCUGAAAAUGAUGUUGCUAACUCAUAUCAUUCGCACAGUGUGGGGUCCCAGAGUCAUAAUGAAGAUUUUUCUCUUAACUUAGAGGUGUUGGAUUCCUCUACAAUAGCUAAUUUAGGCUCUUCACUUGUUCAACUGCUUCAGUACGAUGAUUCUUGUGUGGUGAACUCUAGUUUUAUGAGUUGUACAGUGAUGAGUAAAUUGCUUGUAUUGAAGGGUGACAUUUCUAAAGCUCUCGAGGUGACUGAAUCUGAAAUAGAUUCUCUUGAAAAUGAACUUAAGUCUCUGAAAUCCAAAUCCCAGCACAGAUAUUGUCCGGCAGCAUCCGGUUCUGUUCCUCUGGGAGAUGGCGGAAAACUUGGCAUGAAACAGGUGGCGGCCUCUUUUAACAAUAUGUCAAGACCUUCCCUAUUGCAAGUGUCAUGCUGUGGUAAUGGACAUGUCGACGAGAUACCUGUUUAUAAUGGUGUCAUGGAGAAAGUUCAUGGUGGUAAUAAGGAUGAUGAUGUUGAUAGUCCAGGAACUGCUACAUCAAAAUUUUUUGAACCGGUGUCCAUGUUGAAGGAAGAUUCUUUGAAACGAGAUAAAUGUUCUGGUGAUAUAGGUGUCGUCCAAGCUUCAAGUAUUGCACCCAGUGUCAAUGAGGAAGAUAUUGACAGACCUGCUUGUGGGAAUGUUAGUAUGCCUGUAGAGACGAAUGAUGCAUCUUUUCCAAGUGUUGCGAGUUCUGCAGAAGAUAAUUUAUGUAAUUCUAUAUUAACUGCCAAUAAAGAGUCUGCUAGUGUAGCAUCGGAAGUAUUGGGUAACUUAUUACCUAGAGAUCCAUGUUAUGUUGAUUUUCUGGAAGUAUGCAGUGUUGCUUUAUUGCAGAAUGAUGCAUUAAUUAAGGAAAGAUUUUCUUUGAGGCGGCGGUUUCUGAAAUUUAAGGAAAGAGUUGUCACCCUUAAGUUUAAAGCCUUUCAGCACCUGUGGAAAGAAGACAUACGCUUGCUUUCAAUAAGGAAACAUCGUGCAAAGUCUCAGAAACGAUAUGAAUUAAGCUUGCGGGCUACACAUAGUGGGUACUUUAAAAAUCGGUCUUCGAUUCGCUCUAGAUUUUCCUCUCCAGUUGGAAAUUUGAGUCUGGUCCCUACCGCAGAGAUGCUUAACUUCACGGGCAAUCUGCUUUCAGUUUCACAAGUCAAGCCUUACAGGAAUGCUUUAAAAAUGCCAGCACUAAUUUUGGACAAGAAAGAGAGAAUAGCUUCACGGUUUAUCUCCAGUAAUGCAUUGGUUGAAGAUCCUUGGGCUGUUGAAAAUGAAAGAGCUGUGAUUAAUCCCUGGACUUCAGAAGAGAGAGAAAUUUUUAUUGAUAAGUUGGCCACCUUUGGGAAGGAUUUUCAAAAAAUUGCUUCUUAUUUGGAUCACAAGACAAUUGCAGACUGUGUGGAAUUCUACUACAAAAACCACAAAUCUGUUGGUUUCGAGAAAACAAAAAAGAAUAAGCAAGUGAAGUCCUCUACCAACUACUUGAUGUCGUCAAGUAAGAACUGGAAUCGUGAAAGUAAUGCUGCCUCACUUCAUAUCUUGGGUGAAGCUUCAGCGAUAGCAGCUGGUGCUGACAAUUCGAUGGGAAGUAAACAGAUGUAUUCUGGUAGAAUGUAUUUGGGAGGAUAUUGUAAUUCCAAAAAGUUGCAUUGUGAUGAUAUGAAUUUAGACCAGUCAAGUAAGUUUGAUGUUCUUGAGAAUGAAAAAGAAACUGCUGCUGCUGAUGUUUUAGCUGGCAUUUGUGGUUCAUUUUCCUCUGAGGCAAUGAGUUCCUGCAUCACUACUUCUGUCGAUCAUGUAGAGGGCUACCGGGAGUGGAAGUCCAAAAAGGUUAAUUCUGUCAGAAAACGGUCUUCAACAUCUGACUUCACACAAAAUAUUGCCGAGGAGACUUGUUCAGAUGAGAGUUGUGGUGAAAUGGAUCCUGCUGAUUGGACAGAUGAGGAGAAGUCUGCUUUUAUUCGUGCUGUCUCUAUUUAUGGCAAGGAUUUUACUAUGAUUUCAAGAUGUGUGAGGACAAGAUCUAGGGACCAGUGUAAGGUUUUCUUCAGCAAGGCUCGGAAGUGCCUCGGACUGGAUUCAAUGCAUAUUGCGCCUGGAAAUAUAGGUAGUCCCGAGAGUGAUGAUGCAAAUGGAGGGGAAAGUGACACAGAUGACGCGUGUGCCCUUGAGACUUCCUCGAUGAUGUGUAAUGAGAAGGUGUCCAAGAUGGAUGAGGAAUUGCCAUCAAUUCUCGUUUAUGCAAAGAAUGAGGAUUCCAAAGCUGCUGAGAAAAAGAAUAGCAACGAGGCUGGGCUACUAGACCGGAAUGGCUCCAAUGCUGGAAAACCGUUUGAUUCUAAUGCUUGCCAGAUAGAGUGCAAGCCUGAGCUAGCUUCUGUUCAAGAUAGUAAGAGUCUUGAUGGCUCUGUUCACCAGUCUGAUUUUGUGGAGGCUCAGGAAAUUUCAAAUGAGUCAGUUGGUUCAGAAACUUUAAAACCUGUUGAAGGCAGCAACGCUGUUGGAAAUGUAGAUCACCCUGACUCAUCGAAUCCAGGUUCUGUUACUGAUGUUAAGGCAAUAGGGGAGGUUUCUGUCAAAGAAAGGGGAAAUCAGUUGCAGGGAAAAAAACUUUUUCUGCACGAAAGUAGAUUGAACAGCCGGACACAAGAUUCAAGUGCCAGUAUGAAUGUGUCCAAUCUUCCGUCUGAUAUGGGCUCUUCUUCAAACUAUAGCCAUAGUGUAGAAAAUCUGCAUCAUGUGUCUGUGGAAUUUGAAUCUGUAGAGAAGCCUCUUAUCGUCUCUUUACAGUUGGAGAAUAAACUUGCUACUGCUACUUCUGUUGGCAGUGAUCAUUUACAGCAAUUUCCAGGGCAAUCUGUAGUUUGUAAUGAGUCUCAGCAGAUACUCGAGGGUUAUCCGCUUCAAAUUCCAAUGAAUAGGGAGAUGAAAAGGGAUGUUUCUUGUAUAUCACUUCCUGAAGUGCAGAACCGGAACCUUUUAACUUCAGAAAAAAGUGCCAGCAAGUUUGUGGCUCAAGAUGGCUACCUUCAAAAGUGUAACGGUACAAAGGUUCAGUGCUCGGGUCAGCUUACUGAACACGGCGAUGAUCAUCCUCGAAGUUGGUCAGAUAUGGAAAAGCCAUGCAGGAAUGGCAAUGUUAAAUUAUUUGGCAAAAUACUCGGUAAUCCCUCAUCUACCCAGAAGUCAGAUUCUGCCAUCCACAGAAAUGGCGAACACGAAGUCCGUUGUUCUAAACCGACUAACAAGACAACUCUGAAGUUCACUGGCCAUCAAACGACGGAUGUGAAUGGGAGUUCUAUCUUGAAGUUUGAUCACAAUAAUUUUAUUGGCCUCGAGAAUGUGCCGGUGAAGAGUUAUGGCUUUUGGGAUGGAAGUAAGAUACAGACAGGGUUUUCGUCAAUUCCUCCCGAGUACUUUCUGGCCAAGUAUCCUGCAGCAUUUAGCAAUUACCAUAUGUCGACUCCCAAAGUGGAGCAGCCGGGUUUACAGGCUGCUGUGAAGUGUAAUGACCGUAGUGUGAACAGUGUAUCAGUUUUACCUGAUAGAGAAACAUGUAGUGGUAGCAAUGGAGUGAUUGAUUAUCAGAUGUACCGGAGUCACGACAGCAGUAAAUUGCAGCAACUCUCAGUAGAAAUGAAGCAACGGCAGGAUAUGUUCUCUGAGAUUCAAAGAAUGAACGGGUUCGACGGAGUCUCAAAUUUCCAGCAGCAGGGGAAGGCAGCAGUAGUAGGAAUGAAUGUCGUAGGUCGGGGAGGAAUUCUUGUCGGAGGAUCAUGCACUGGCGUUUCUGACCCUGUGGCAGCCCUUAAAAUGCAUUAUGCGACUUCCGAGCAGUUUAGUGGGCAAAAUGGGAGAGGAGGAAUCAUGGAGGAAUUUGACGUAGGCAGGUAGUAGGAUUGGUGAGGGGGCUGGCUCGCGGAGAGUAAGCCUCAGCGGCGAACAACUUGUUUUGCCGUGCGAUGUAUAUUAGUUUUUGUAUUGGUCAAUGGAAUGAUAGGGCAGUGGGCGGUUUUCGAGUCCGUCUUUUCGGUAGAGAAAGAAAGAAAAUAUUUUAGGUGAUUGUAAUAUUGCAGUAGGAGCUUUGUAUUUGUUGUAUUUGAUGGAAAUUACAGAAAUAAUCUGUGAAAGUUGAGAAUCAUUCGACCAUUAGUCUGACUUACAGAUUGACCAUCAUCUAUACAAAUUUUGAAGGUUCGCCCCUUCUUUUUGUC